AGAAUGAGAUGACCUCCGAGGAGAAACGUCGAUCCCACCAGCGGGAACUCGCCUACCAGCUGAACGAGGAGGCCAAGAGGCGACUGACGGAGAAUCGCGGUGAACAGCAGACUCAGAAGGCACGCAAAUCCCGGGAUUCCUACAAAAACCCGUCCCAGAUGCCGAAGGAGCCAGACAUCAGGGACAUGAAGAUCUACAUCGACAAGAAAUACGAGACGGUCAUUCUGCCCGUGUUUGGCAUUGCCACGCCUUUCCACAUCGCCACCAUCAAGAACAUCAGCACCUCGGUGGAGGGGGAUUACACCUAUCUCCGUAUUAACUUCUACUGCCCAGGCAGUGCCCUGGGCCGUAAUGAGGGGAAUCUCUUCCCCAACCCCGAGGCCACCUUCGUCAAGGAGAUAACGUACCGAGCCUCCAACCUGAAGACACCGGGAGAGCAGCUGGUCCCAGCUACCAACCUGCAGAAUGCAUUCCGUAUCAUCAAGGAGGUUCAGAAACGCUACAAAACCCGGGAAGCAGAGGAGAAGGAGAAGGAGGGUAUCGUUAAACAAGACUCCCUCAUUAUUAACCUGAACCGGAGCAAUCCCAAACUGAAGGAUCUCUACAUCCGCCCCAACAUUGCUCAGAAGAGGAUGCAGGGUUCCCUGGAGGCUCAUGUGAACGGUUUCCGGUUCACGUCAGUUCGAGGGGAUAAGGUUGACAUCUUGUACAACAAUAUCAAACACUCCAUCUUUCAGCCGUGCGAUGGUGAAAUGAUCAUUGUUCUACAUUUCCAUCUCAAGAAUGCCAUCAUGUUUGGGAAGAGGCGGCACACAGACGUCCAGUUUUACACAGAAGUGGGAGAGAUCACCACAGACCUCGGGAAACACCAGCACAUGCACGACAGGGACGAUCUGUACGCAGAACAGUUGGAGAGGGAGAUGAGGCACAAACUGAAAACAGCUUUCAAAAAUUUCAUCGAGAAGGUGGAGGCCCUGACCAAGGAGGAGCUCGAGUUCGAGGUCCCAUUUCGGGACCUGGGGUUCAACGGAGCCCCUUACAGAAGCACCUGCAUGCUUCAGCCAACCAGCAGUUCCCUUGUGAACGUGACUGAGUGGCCCCCGUUUGUGGUAACUCUGGACGAGGUGGAGUUGGUUCACUUUGAGAGGGUCCAGUUCCACCUGAAGAACUUCGACAUGGUCAUCGUCUACAAGGACUACAGCAAGAAAGUGACCAUGAUCAACGCCAUCCCUGUGGCUUCGUUCGACCCCAUCAAGGAGUGGCUCAACUCCUGUGACCUGAAGUAUACGGAGGGUGUACAGUCCCUGAACUGGACGAAGAUAAUGAAAACGAUUGUGGAUGACCCUGAGGGGUUCUUCGAGCAAGGCGGGUGGUCGUUCCUGGAGCCUGAGGGUGAUGGAAGUGAAGCCGAGGACCAGGACUCAGAGUCCGAGCUGGAGGAUGAGACAUUUAAUCCAUCUGAUGAGGAUGAUGACGUUGAGGAUGAGGACAGCGACGAAGAUUAUUCAUCUGAGACGGAGGAAUCCGCGAGCGAGGAGAGCCUGGGAAGCGAGGAAGAGAGUGGGAAAGAUUGGGAUGAACUGGAGGAGGAGGCUCGAAGAGGUGAGUUCUGUGUGCGCCUGCGUGUAUGCAUGUGA